AUUAAUUCAUGCAAGUGCUUGCUCCUGCAAUCGAACCCAUGACCACUCAACAUGAACAAUUAAAGAGUUUGCCAUUAAGCCACCACCUUAUUUGUUCACUCAUUGUGAACUAUUAAAAUGUUCACCCUUAAAGAUAUGCUCUAAACACCGAAGUUAGGGAGCGCAAACGCAAGAUCGCGCCUUGGUAUAACACCCUUAGCCGGCGGGAAUCACCUUUUCCAACCGGAGAAUCUCUGUGAUAGAAUGUCUACAAUGGAUGAGCCAUUGUAUCCAAUUGCUGUUUUGAUAGAUGAGUUGAAAAAUGAUGAUAUACAGCUACGAUUAAAUUCUAUUCGGAGGCUGUCUACAAUUGCUCGUGCCCUUGGAGAGGAGCGAACCCGGAAAGAGUUGAUCCCAUUCUUGAGUGAGAAUAAUGAUGAUGAUGAUGAGGUUCUUCUGGCGAUGGCGGAGGAAUUGGGUGUAUUUAUACCGUAUGUUGGUGGUGUCGAGCAUGCCCAUGUUUUGCUUCCGCCCUUGGAAACGCUUUGCACAGUAGAGGAGACUUGUGUGAGGGACAAAGCUGUCGAGUCGUUGAGUAGAAUUGGAUCCCAGAUGAGGGAAAGUGAUUUGGUUGAUUAUUUCAUUCCUUUAGUGAAGAGAUUGGCAGCAGGAGAAUGGUUUACAGCCCGAGUAUCUGCUUGCGGACUUUUUCACAUUGCUUAUCCAAGUGCCCGUGAUAUGUUGAAGACUGAGUUAAGGUCAAUAUUCAACCAGUUAUGUCAAGAUGACAUGCCAAUGGUGAGAAGAUCUGCUGCCACAAAUCUGGGGAAGUUUGCCGCAACUGUUGAACCCACUCAUCUGAAGACUGAUGUUAUGGCAAUGUUUGAGGAUCUAACACAAGAUGAUCAGGACUCUGUGCGCUUGUUAGCUGUUGAGGGCUGUGCUGCACUUGGGGAGUUGUUGGAGCCGCAGGAUUGUGUUGCACAUAUACUUCCUGUUAUAGUUAAUUUCUCUCAGGAUAAGUCUUGGCGUGUGCGGUACAUGGUUGCCAACCAACUGUAUGAACUUUGCGAAGCUGUUGGCCCUGAGCCGACAAGGACGGAUCUAGUUCCUGCAUAUGUACGACUACUUAGAGAUAAUGAAGCUGAAGUACGUAUUGCAGCUGCUGGUAAAGUAACUAAGUUUUGUCGGAUUUUGAGUCCUGAGCUCGCAAUCCAACAUAUUCUGCCUUGUGUUAAGGACUUGUCAUCUGAUUCUUCUCAGCAUGUUCGCUCUGCUUUGGCAUCUGUGAUCAUGGGAAUGGCCCCUGUUUUAGGAAAGGAUGCCACGAUUGACCAACUUCUUCCAAUCUUUCUUUCCCUCUUAAAGGACGAAUUCCCAGAUGUUCGUCUUAAUAUAAUCAGCAAGCUCGAUCAAGUAAAUCAGGUUAUUGGCAUUGAUCUAUUGUCUCAAUCCCUCUUGCCUGCCAUUGUGGAGCUUGCUGAAGAUAGACAUUGGAGAGUCCGGCUUGCAAUUAUAGAGUACAUACCAUUACUUGCAAGCCAACUGGGUGUUGGUUUUUUUGAUGAUAAACUUGGUGCCCUAUGUAUGCAAUGGUUGCAGGAUAAGGUGUACUCUAUUCGCGAUGCUGCUGCUAAUAAUGUGAAGCGCCUUGCAGAAGAAUUUGGUCCUGAGUGGGCCAUGCAGCACAUUGUUCCACAGGUUUUGGAGAUGAUGAGUAAUCCACACUAUCUGUACCGGAUGACAAUUUUGCAUGCAGUUUCUCUACUUGCUCCUGUCUUGGGUUCUGAAAUUACGUGCACAAAGUUAUUGCCAGUUGUGAUAACUGCCUCAAAAGACAGGGUUCCCAACAUAAAGUUCAAUGUAGCAAAGGUGUUGCAAUCCCUUGUACCAAUUGUUGAUCAAUCUGUAAUAGAGAAAACAAUUCGACCCUGUUUAGUUGAGUUGAAUGAGGACCCUGAUGUUGAUGUUCGUUUCUUUGCAAACCAAGCGCUCCAAUCCAUUGAUCAUGUGAUGAUGUCUAGUUAAGGCAAGCUAGCUGAAUGAGGUUCUUAAAGGUUGGUAUACUUCAGUCUGCAGAAAGGCGCUGUAGUUUCUAUAGCAUUCAGAUGAAACAUAUCUUCUUGUAAUCAUGAGUUUUAGGUUCUGCUAGUUGCGUGUCUGAGUAUGAUAUAACCUUAGAGAGCUCUCAGAGUGCACUCUUAUUAAUUGUACCAUUUCUUUGGCCUUCUUUUUCUUUGUUUUUUGUACAAAUUAUUUAAUAAUACUCCUAGUUGAAAACCAUGCCUCUGGUUUGUUCAUGAA